UCAUCAAUCUUUAUAUGAAGAGAUCACAUCAACCCCUUCUUCCACGAGCUAAAACAUCAUAUAUUCCAGCAACCUCGAAAGAUCAAAUUCUUCAAUAUUAAAAAAUACUAUACAUCCAAUUAAUCCAGGAACAUAGUUAAAUACUAUAUAUAGAGGUGUUCGGUCGAAAAGACACAUGUGCUGCAUGUGGUCCAAUCUUCUUUCUUUCCCAUCUCAAAGAAACUAAAUUUCCCUGUCCUUUUAUUUCCUUGUAAUUCUGUGGGUGAUGGAUCAAGAUUCAGCAUCAAAUGGAGCCCAUGAGACAGUUUUAAAUGUAAGCAAGGAUGUCUCUAACACUACUGAAGUCUCAGACACCUCUUUCACUGUUUCUUUCUUGCAAAAGAUAGUAGCUGAGGUGGUGGGAACAUAUUUUAUGAUAUUUGCUGGUUGUGCUUCAGUGGUAGUGAACAAGAACAAUGACAAUGUGGUUACACUUCCUGGGAUUUCAAUUGUUUGGGGACUGGCUGUGAUGGUGCUGGUUUACUCUGUUGGCCACAUUUCUGGUGCCCAUUUCAAUCCUGCUGUCACCAUUGCUUUUGCCACCAACAGAAGGUUUCCAUGGAAGCAGGUACCUACUUAUAUAGCAGCUCAGGUUCUUGGAUCCACACUUGCAACUGGAACUCUCAGGCUAAUAUUCAAUGGCAAGCAUAAUCAGUUUACAGGAACACUCCCAGCUGGGUCUAACUUACAAGCUUUUGUGAUUGAAUUCAUAAUCACUUUUUACCUUAUGUUCAUCAUAUCUGGGGUGGCCACUGAUAAUCGAGCAAUUGGUGAGUUGGCUGGGAUUGCCGUGGGAUCUACAGUGCUCUUGAAUGUGAUGUUUGCAGGGCCAAUAACUGGAGCAUCAAUGAACCCAGCAAGAAGCAUAGGCCCUGCCAUUGUGCAUGGUGAAUACAGAGGAAUAUGGAUAUACUUGGUGUCUCCAAUUAUGGGGGCAGUGGCUGGUGCAUGGGUCUACAAUAUCGUUCGCUAUACGGACAAGCCAUUGCGUGAGAUCACAAAGAGUGCCUCUUUUCUCAAAGGAGUACCUCGUAGUGGUGGCUCCAACUGAUUUGAGCAAAUGUAUGAAAGUUGUCUUCAAGUGUUACUUAAGGAUCAUUGUUUUAUAUUUUAGUAAAAUGAUUUGAAAGAAUUGAUGUGGAAAAACUUGAUGUUGAAAUAGAGUGUUUUAAGAUGGAUGCAUU